GCGCGUGCGCAGAGUCCUCUUAUUCCGGAGACUUAUUUCGCGGGGCUGGAUGGUCAGAUUGGGACCGCGAGGCGGAAAUGCACCGCCGCGGGUUCCGGUGAGCGCGUCGACUACAGCGGCAGAAUGGAGGAGGUGCCUCACGACUGUCCCGGGGCCGACAGUACCCAGGCGGGCCGAGGGGCCUCUUGUCAGGGAUGUCCCAACCAGCGGCUGUGUGCUUCUGGCGCUGGAGCCGCUCCGGACCCGGCCAUAGAGGAAAUCAAAGAGAAAAUGAAGACCGUGAAACACAAAAUCUUGAUACUGUCUGGGAAAGGCGGCGUUGGGAAGAGCACCUUCAGUGCCCACCUUGCCCAUGGCCUGGCCGAGGACGAGAACACACAGGUUGCCCUUCUGGACAUCGAUAUCUGUGGGCCAUCAAUUCCCAAGAUAAUGGGACUGGAAGGGGAACAGGUAAUGCUGCGUUUCACACUGGGGGCGUUCUCCUAGGGCGAGCUGUGUGGCCCCAGACGGUCACCCCAAAGGUCCACCAGAGCGGCUCGGGCUGGUCUCCAGUGUACGUGGAAGACAACCUGGGGGUGAUGUCGGUGGGCUUCCUGCUCAGCAGCCCUGACGAUGCCGUCAUCUGGAGGGGACCAAAGAAAAACGGCAUGAUCAAGCAGUUCCUCCGCGACGUGGACUGGGGAGACGUCGACUACCUCCUGGUGGACACCCCGCCCGGCACCUCCGACGAGCACCUCUCGGUCGUCCAGUACCUGGCCGCCGCGCGCAUCGACGGAGCCGUGAUCGUCACCACUCCUCAGGAGGUGUCGCUCCAGGACGUGCGGAAAGAAAUCAGCUUCUGCCACAAGGUGGCGCUGCCGGUCAUCGGGGUGGUGGAGAACAUGAGCGGCUUCGUCUGCCCCAGGUGCAAGAAGGAGUCUCAGAUAUUCCCCCCCACGACGGGCGGGGCGGAGGGCAUGUGCCAGGACCUCAAGGUCCCGCUCCUCGGCAAGGUGCCUCUGGACCCGCACAUAGGUGAGAGCUGUGACAAAGGCCAGUCUUUUUUUGUUGAAGCGCCGAAUUCACCAGCCACAUUAGCCUAUAGAAGCAUAAUUCAGAAAAUCCAAGAGUUUUGUACUCCCCGACAGCCAAGAGAGGACCUCGUCAGCUCCUGAAGCACAGGACAGUGCCAAGGACCCAGCGGCCCCCACGCUGCGCAACCUGGGCCGCACCUCCCAUCACACCUGCCCCACUCAGGUCAGGAGGAGUUGCAGCAAAAGGGGCCAAACGCCGGCGCCACCUGAAGUCGCGUCCUGAGGACACUGGCCAUCGGGCUGUCCCCCUUUAGAACAUAGCUCAGGGCUCUGUACACAUGUGCCAUUUUAAAAUAAAAAGUCUCCUUGAACCUG